AAUAAAGUUAUGUUGAUGACAUUUGAAACCAAGAUGGCGGCGUGCAUACCGCUGUCGGUAAAGAUGUCACCCUCAGCUUCUCUGGGCUUUCGGUGUCUUUUUAAAGAGCAAUAUUCCUCUAAAAGGCUGCUAAAAUCUUUGACAGAGCUCUGCAGACGAGGUUACUCGGUGAAAGCCCAGCAGGCGGCGGAGGAGAGCGGUGUGAGCGCCGCCGGGUUCAGCGGCCCUCUGGAUCACUACAACGGGCUGAUCAGAGACGGGACACUGCGGGAGGAUGAGCACCAGAAAGCGGUGCUGCAGACCCUGGACCAGCUCCACAAAAGACUCAGAGGAUACAGCAACACGCCCACAUCCAUCUUCUCCAAGUUCUUCACUAAACCGAAGCCUCCAAAAGGUUACUACAUCUUCGGUGAUGUUGGCACAGGAAAAACGAUGGUGAUGGACAUGUUCUAUUCAUAUGUUGAGACUGAAAAGAAAAAGAGGGUUCAUUUCCACGGCUUUAUGUUGGACGUGCACAAAAGGAUUCAUCGGUUGAAACAGAGUAUGCCAAAGAGGAAAGCAGGCAAAAUGGCCAAAGCCUACGACCCCAUCGCUCCUGUUGCUGAGGAGAUCAGUGAGGAGGCUUGUCUUCUGUGCUUUGAUGAGUUUCAGGUGACUGAUAUCGCUGAUGCCAUGAUCCUCAAGCAGCUUUUUGAGAAUCUGUUCAUGAAAGGUGUCGUCGUUGUGGCCACGUCUAAUCGUCCCCCUGAAGACUUGUAUAAAAAUGGGCUGCAGAGAGUCAACUUUGUUCCUUUUAUCGCUGUGCUGCAGAAAUAUUGCCACACUCUUCGCCUGGAUUCUGGGAUCGAUUACCGCAAGAGGAACAGGCCGUCCGCAGGAAAACUCUUCUUCCUCUCCAGUGAGCCCGAUGUAGAAGCGACACUAGACAAGAUGUUUGAUGAGCUGGCUUUUAAACAAAAUGACAUAACACGACCAAGAGUUCUGAACGUUCUCAACAGGAAAGUGCGUCUGAACAAAGCAUGUGGGACCAUCGCCGACUGUACGUUUGAGGAGCUGUGUGACAGACCUUUAGGGGCCAGUGACUACCUGGAGAUGUCUCGACUGUUUGACACCAUCUUUAUCCGACACAUUCCUCAGCUGACGCUGAACAAGAAAACUCAAGCCAGGCGGCUCAUAACACUGGUGGACGCUCUCUAUGACCACAAGGUGCGGGUGGUGAUUCUUGCAGACCGUCCGCUGGAGGAUGUUUUCAUACUCGACGGGGAUCUCGGUCAUGACGAGAGUCACAUUCUGAUGGACGAUCUGGGGCUGAAAAGGGAUGAAGCGAGCAGUCUGGCCAUCUUCAGCGGAGAGGAGGAGAGGUUUGCCUUCCAGAGGACGGUGUCUCGGCUCACAGAGAUGCAGACAGAAGAAUACUGGCUGGAAGGAGACAGAAGCUUGAAGCCACAGGUGUAACAUUUGGGGAAAAAGUCGGCCAUGUUACACAACCAACAUACUCCAUAAAAACACUGCACUCUGCCAAAAAAAAUAACAGUCCAGACUGAACACUGUUCCUCCUACUCAUCUCAUCCAGCACAAACCCAGUGGGACUGCUCGACAGUAUGUGUGCAAGUGUUGCACAGAGAAUAUUUAUUGAAAUCUUAAGGCCUUUAUUGUGACGUUGCACUUUACAGAUCGUUUUUAAGAGAAACACUAGGGUGUCAUACUGCUUUUAACCCUGUAUCAUAUCCGGGUCCAACUGUAUUUACUUUUGUAAACCUGAGCUAGACGACCUCUGGAGAUGGAUUCCCGGAGGAGUUUUUAUGAAGAUUUAAGGGACAUUUUACUCACUUUUGUGCUACAUAAUGUUUAUGAAAAUAUAAUGCAUUGAGUUGUAUAUGAUUCUAAAGCAAGCCUAAAUACAGUGGCGGUCGAGCGGUUGGGAGAUUUAAA